AGAGCAACGCGCGUAUGGUAUGACAGGACACUCAUUUGCCUUUCGUCUUUCUACAAGGAAGUGAACAGGACAUGUCGCCGAGCCGCUGAAGCCACUGACCGUCCUUCCACCUUUGAGUUGGAAUUCCAAUCUCUUUCCUCUGUCUCCAGUGUCAUCUUUAUAGCCUCUUCAUCUGAGCAACUUUCUCCAAAGGAGGUCUUCCCUAUUUCUGCAUAUAUGCAAUCAGCCGACUCAGCUCACAUAGACUGUCCUGUGUUAUGGCUCCUGUUCCACCUGGGAUACAUCUGCUAGUUUCCUUCAACAAGAACCAGUGGUAUAAAGCUUUGACCUUUGUCCUCACCUUCUUGCUCUACACCAGUUUUCACCUCUCCAGGAAGCCAAUUAGCAUUGUUAAGAGUGAACUGCAUAAGAACUGUUCAUUGGUCCUUGAACAGCCUACAGUUGUCAUUGGCAGUCAGUAUGCUGCUUUACCUUCUCACCGCACACACAUGGACUGUAGCUGGAAGCCAUUUGAUAAAAGCAACUACAAACAGCUGCUUGGUGCCAUGGACUACUCCUUUCUUUGCGCUUAUGCAUGUGGAAUGUACCUCAGUGGAAUUAUUGGAGAGCGUUUGCCUAUUCGACUAUACUUGACCAUGGGCAUGCUGGCCAGUGGGUUUUUCACCUGCCUUUUUGGACUGGGUAAAAUCUACAACAUUCACAGCAUGGGCUUUUAUAUAUUUAUUCAGGUGGCCAAUGGGUUGGUCCAAACCACCGGAUGGCCCAGUGUGGUGACAUGCAUUGGCAACUGGUUUGGAAAAGGGAGGCGUGGACUCAUCAUGGGGUUGUGGAAUUCCCACACCUCAGUGGGCAACAUUCUCGGUUCUUUGAUUGCUGGACACUGGGUCUCUUCCAACUGGGGUUUAUCUUUUAUUGUUCCAGGAAUUAUCAUUGCAGCCAUGGGCAUUGUCUGCUUCCUCUUCCUAAUUGAACAUCCAAAUGACCUAAAAUAUCUGUAUCUUCACGGUUCCUCGCCCAACAAAAGUUUGCCAAACCUGAACCAGAACGGAGUGAAUGCGCAAGCCGAGGUUCACCUACAGUACAAGGAAAACAAUUUACAGGUUAACAUAAAUCAAAGGUCAUUUGCAGUUCAUCAUCAUAACUUCACCCAGAGCUAUGAUACAGAGUUGCUCCUGCCAAAAGAUGAAGUGUGUGUCUCUGUGCAGCAAGUCAAGUUGGUAAAGAGUGAAUUGAAACCCACCGCUAUCAGCUUCAUGGGGGCCCUUCAAAUACCCGGGGUGAUCGAGUUCUCUCUUUGUUUGCUGUUUGCCAAGCUGGUCAGUUAUACUUUCCUCUUCUGGCUGCCCCUUUAUAUCACCAAAGCAGCUCACCUUGAUGCCAAGAGGGCUGGGGAUCUCUCCACUUUGUUUGAUGUGGGCGGCAUAAUAGGUGCAGUCUUGGCCGGAGUGGUCUCUGAUAAACAGGGGAAAAGAGCCACAACCUGUGCAGUCAUGUUGCUACUGGCUGCUCCUACUCUGUAUGUCUUCUCCAUGAUCAGUGAGUUAGGUUUAGGGCCUACGAUUGUUAUGCUGCUGGUGUGUGGAGGUCUUGUCAAUGGACCAUACGCCCUUAUCACAACUGCAGUGUCUGCUGAUUUGGGGACCCACAAGAGCCUUAAAGGCAAUGCCAGGGCCUUGUCUACUGUCACCGCCAUUAUCGAUGGCACAGGAUCUGUAGGUGCAGCUCUGGGCCCAUUGCUAGCUGGCCUGUUGUCUGCAGGAGGCUGGAAUCACGUCUUCUAUAUGCUGAUGGCUUCUGACUUCAUUGCUCUGUUGUUUUUGCUUCGGCUUGUGACGAAGGAGCUCGAUUCAUCUCAGUCGCAUCCCAUUUCCUCUGUGGAGCUGAAGGAACACUGAGCACUGGAUGUUUCACAUGUGAGCACAAUGAACCACAAACAAGAAAAACCUUUAUUCCAUAAGUACUAAUUGCAGACGGAAAGUUGUGCAACAGGGAAUUUAGUCUGGUUAACUGGGAAUACUCAACACAGUAUUACACAGUUUCUUGCCUUAGUUUAACUUUUCAUCGACGAGGUACAACUUGAAUACAAUAAUCAUUUAUUUAAACUUCAUAUAUUCCAAAAUUGGCCUUACUUUUCCAUGCCAACAUCCCAUACGUCAAAACGAUACAAGACUUGAUAUAUUGUUCGCUUUUAAAUAGUAUCUUUUAAAGCGGAGUUUGAAUGAAUUCUUUUGGAGUGUUUUCACAACCCCGACCCCAGGAUAAUCCUCCCUGUAAUCUUUUCUUACCUAAUCCGAGGCAAUUAUUUCCUGUUUGCUUAUUACAAAAAAAAAGAGAUACAUGUACAUGUUGCUUAAAAAAAUCUUUUUAAAAAAUGACUAGCUUCUUGUAAUUUUUCUGGAAUGAUUUCAAAUGAAACCUGUCAAAAUCGUGUUUCAUUUAUUCACUAUUUAUUUAUUUUUUUGUAGCCCAGCAAGACACUGCCAGGCAGAGUAGCUUUGUGAAUUUACAAUAGAUGCAAAUAAAAUGAUCUGAAAUCUCUCAAUAAACUUACCAGAACACUUUUUAAACCUGGAUUUAAAAAAAGUCUGAUACAAGUCUAUUAGCACACCAAAUAUGUGUUUUUUAAAGACAAACUUAGCAUACGCUAAACUGUAGUGCAACACAACACGGUGCGCUGUCUUUUUCAGCUGACAGGACUGAAAUUGCCUUGGUUAAACAUUAGGAGCUCGAACUACGGGAGUACUGACUUGAAAAAUGAAAAUGACAACUACCAAUACUUUGAGUAUACGUAUAUGCAGUAAAAGUGUACGUGUUGGCUUAUGUAGCCUUUUUGUCCCAAUAUAAUUUGUUGUUUGUCUCUAUAUCUGGUAAAAAAAAAAAAAAAUCAGUUGAAUUAAAAUUAAUUUAUAAAGACUGAAUCAGAGAGUAGAUGUGCACGUCAACUCUAAAUUAUAUGACUUUAGGUAGCGUUUUUUUUGUUUUUUGUUUUUGUUUUUUAAAGUAAAUCUCUUCCAAACACUUUUUUCUCAGUAGCCUUUUUGAGCUCGUGUUUUUGAUGGGUCUUCUUACUGCAUACUACAGUCUCAAUUCAUGACAUGAAGUGGGCUUUGGUCUCAGCUGGAGAUGGCAGGUAUCAUUUAAAUUGGUAAGCCUGUGACAGAGAGAGAUCCACUCAGUGACACAGGCAGAAUCCAGCCUCAUUAAUGCGCCCACAUAGAGACAGAGAGAUCAGGAAAGAGUCAGGUCAUCUCAACCUGAUGAAGUCCAUUGGGAAAUGAAACAGUAUUUUAGAGAGUGAAUUGUUAAGUUGUGGGAACACUGUAUUUGGAAACAUAUAGCAUAUCCUUGGUGAAACUGUCCAAUGAAAAAGCAUAUCAGAUAUAUAUUUACAGUAUGUAUUCAGGGAAGUAAAUGUGAUGCUUUAUUGAAAUGUUCCGUCUGUUUGUUGUGCAGCACAACUUUAUGUAUAUAACUACAGAAUGGAGAUAAAAUAAAUGAGCUAUUUUUUGAAUGAAA